ACCUGACCAUUCACUUCAUUAAACUGAUUGUUACCUUAUCUAUCAUGUGUGGGGCUAAGACCCAUGUUUGUUUCAGGAAACACUGCUUGUUCCUCAUCCAGACAUAGUCUCUCAAGAGCACUACAGAAGCCACAGUCGCUCUUUAGACUUCCUUUCUCAAUAUGAAGUAGCUGAUUAUCUUGUCAUCCCAAUUAAGGCAGUUACACUGCAGACUCUGCAUAGAGCUGACUUGACAGACUUACUUCUCAUACCAUUUUCCCAACAACCUUUUCCUUGACUUGCUCCAUAAUAUUGAAUAGGAUUUGGCUGGGGUGGUGCAUGUGGUGGAAUGGGAAGAGCAGGGGUUUAGGGACAGAGAAACAAUCUUUUUCAUGUGUGCUACAAGGAGAGAGCAUCAAAGCUGCUGGAAAGGGCCGGAACAAUCAUCGAGCUCGCAACAAGCGGGGAAGUCGGGCUCGGGCCAGCAAGGACACCUCCAAGCUGCUGUUGCUGUAUGAUGAGGACAUUCUCGAACGAGAUCCCCUCAGGGAGCAGAAGGACUUGGCCUUUGCCCAAGCUUAUCUGACCAGGGUACGAGAAGCCCUACAACAUAUCCCUGGCAAGUAUGAAGACUUCCUUCAAGUCAUCUAUGAAUUUGAGUCAAGUACCCAGAGACAGACGGCUGUAGAUCUCUACAAAAGCCUGCAAAUUCUGCUCCAAGACUGGCCUCAGCUGUUGAAAGACUUUGCUGCUUUCCUGUUACCUGAGCAAGCUCUGGCCUGUGGAUUAGUAAGUGAAUGGGGAAAAAAGUACACUGGGACUUCUGGAUCCGAGUGAGAAUGGGAUUGAAUGGGGUUGAAUAAGACUGUUUCAAUCUCCCAACUCCUUCCAGACACACAGACAUCCCCUAGCCCAAAGUGAUAAGAGCCUCUGUCUUUUCAAGGGAUUAUCUUUCCAAUCCCAUGCUCCCAUUUUCUUUACAUGAUAAAUGAGAGGGUUUUACCUGUAGUUGCCAAAGGAGACUUUAGGUGAGUCAUAUGCUCUCUGCUUCUCACUGGUAUCAAACCAGACAUUCAUUUAACAAGUAUUUGUUAAGUGCCUCCUAACUGUCAGACAAUUCCUGACCUCGAUUGCUAAGAAUAUAGCAAUUACAAAAGACUAAAAUCCCUGCCCUCAUGGAGCUUACAUUUUCAUGGGGAAGUUCAGAUGAUA